AUGUCAUCAACAGAAUCCGUAACAACGGAAAAUUGGGGCUAUAAUAGCGAGGAGAAUGAAAUGCUCUUGAAGGGACAUAAAAUGACGGUUGUAGAAGCAGUUUCACUGACUGAUUUGCGUGUUUUGGCAAAAUCGUUUCGGAUUUUAGCAUUUUUUGGAGUAAUUUUGGCGCUAUUUUCUGUCAUUACUACAACACUUGCGAUACCAGUGCUUUAUUAUUAUAUACAAUAUACCCUAUCGGUUUUGGAACCGGAAAUUGGCUAUUGCUUCGACCAGUCGCUAUCAUUAUGGUCCCAAUUGAUUCAGAUUCGUGAAAAAGGUAGUGUUAAAAAUCGAAAAGAACGGCAAGUUCUGUAUCAUUACGGAUCAUCGUUGUCUCAUAACAGUGACCCCAGUAUUCGUUACCAAGAGCGUUUUCCGUAUCGUAUCGCACAUUACAACACUUUUGGAUGGGCUCCGAUCUUAUUUCCUUUUUCGCACCCAAGGCAGGCAAAUCAAAAAUAUUCAAGUGGUAAUGCGCAAGAAGAAAGGUGCUGUAAUUGUAAUAUUGGCCCUAUCGGUCCUCCGGGAACUCCUGGAAUAGAUGGGAAACCAGGCAAAAGUACUCAUGGUGCACCGGGCAAAAAUGGAAUCCCUGGAGAUUUCAAGUCUGACAUUCGCUAUGAAAAUGUAUGUAUGACGUGUCCUCCAGGUCCAUCAGGUGAAGUUGGCGAACCAGGUCUAAAGGGUCUACCUGGUCUUCCUGGACCGAAAGGUCCUCGUGGAUAUUCACUCUACCAUCCAGGUCCACCCGGCCCAUCCGGUCCUAUUGGACUACCAGGACUUCCUGGUUUCCAAGAAUCACCAGGUGCUCCUGGACGACCAGGCAUUAUUAUACAAAAAAAAAAUGAAGGAGUGCCAAUUGAACUGGCUAAAUUACAAAAACUUUCAAGUACAACCGCGUUACUCGGUACACCAAAUGGAAGCGUGCUAGAUGAUGUUGGACGAACAAGCAAUCCAGCAAUACCAUGGACACUUGGCUUUUCUGGACCAUCUGUUCGGGAGUUGGAAGCUAUGGUCAUUGUCUACCUAUGA